GGAGGGCGGUGGGCUGCAUUCUUAGGACUGUAGUUUUUUGCCGAGUGUCAUCAGCGGAGGGGUGUCAAACAGGAUCAGCUGCUUUCUCAGGACCAGCGCGGCACGCUGGGAAGGACCCUUGACAUCUUGACCACAGCUCAAGGCCGGCCUUGCCUUCGCAGGCGUCGCCACGCAACGUGGCCUUCAACGUAGGAAACUGUUUGGUGUAUCAUAGCACAGGAACGACGCUAUGUGCUGACCAUGGUGGUUGAAGGCGAUCCGCACAGUAACGAGUUGGCCGGGGAGGCUGAGAAGUGAAAGCGCAGGCAGGCAUCAGACUCGGCGGGGGUGAUUGGCAAAGAGGUGGUGGCGGUACCCAAAAAAAAGAUGAGCGAGCUAGUUUUGACUGAGACGGAUGACCACGGAGACGGAAAUGGAGUUGAAGCUGUGAGGACACUCUUCGUCUCCGGCUUGCCACAGGACGUCAAGGAUCGAGAACUCUACGUACUCUUUCGGCCGUAUGACGGAUACGAGAGCUCCCAGAUUCGAGUGCCUUCGCGGUCUCCACACCCUGUUGGUUUUGCAGUGUUUGUCGAUCAGGCAACAGCGGUGGUGGCCAGGGAUGGUCUGAAUGGUACCAUUUUCGAUCCUAGCAAUCCAUCCGUGAAGCUCAGAGUUGAGUUGGCAAAAACCAACUCGAAACCGAAACGAGCGCGGCCAGAGGAAGAUCCGGCUGACAGAUUUGACAGGAAAUACAGAGGCCCUCCAGCAAACACAGCUGUGCAGAGGCAGCUGGGCGAAUCAGUACCAAUGUACAUGCCAGCAUGGGCAACACUUGGCCGGAGGUGGCGAUGAUUUGUCUGAAGAAAGUGGGCAGUGAGUUCAGCGCGAUGUCAUUGUAAGGGGAAGGUGAAUGUGAUGAGCUGG